AAAGUAUUUGUUGUAUGGAUUUAAUGUUGGUGGAAUUCACUGCAGUGUAGUACACGUGUAGCCUGCAGAGGGCUGGUUGUUGUUGAGAGGAGUAUUCAGGCAGCUCGGGCUCUUACCAUAAAGCACGUGGUUUACAGCUCAGACGUGUUGUAAUCUGAUGACACUACAGUGAAGAUGUGGCAUCCUCAGAGAGCUCUUAAUGUAAGGCACAAGAAGACAGCCUAAAGUCUUUAUUAGCAAAGGAUCUGCAUGUGAAAUUGCAAAAAUUGGGUUUUUUGUAUUCAAAUACUGUUUGUUAAGAGGGACUUGCAGCUGUGAUAGAGGCUGACACACCUCCUCCGCAUGCUUUUCUGUGGGAGGAGGCUGAGAGAGAGAGAGAGGAGGAGUGGAUGGAACAACUGUAAUAUGACUCCCUUUUUCAGUUUGACGUCCUUUCUGUUUACAAGCCAAACCCACCAAGGGGUGAAAGUUCACAUUCUUCUUCCUGAGACGCUUCUUCAAUUGGUCGAUUGGUUGAGCUGACUUCCUAUUUCCUGUUCGCUGCUCACUCUGCCAGGCUAUUGUUUAGCUCCAGUGUUUUCAGGCUAACAGGUUUGGCCAGGCUUUGACAAUAGACGUCUGUUUCUUGACCGGAUAUUGUGAAGCAUGAUCUCAUGCUGAGGCAUCACCCAGAUCUCUGCUGCAGUUUAAUGAGCUCCCAGCCUGAGUUUCUGCUUCACAGCCAACCUGCACCUUCCCUCAGCCCCCGUCCUGCCCUUCCAGAGAGAUGGCUCAUCCUUCCCGACCUUUUGCAUCCAGUUCCUCUCGGCGUGGUCGAGGCUCCUCGUGUUCGCUGGCUUCCAAGAGCUCCAGCGGUGUUUCCUCUCAGAACCGCGGAGGCGACAGCGAGAUGCUGGAGCGGCUACUGAACAAGCCCAAGCUGGUGGUGGUGGAGGAGCCCAAGGAGAGAGGCAUGAGGUUUCGCUAUGAGUGUGAGGGGCGCUCGGCCGGAAGCAUCCCGGGGGCGUCCAGCACCGAAACCAACAAGAGUCAGCCUGCCAUCGAGAUUCAAGGUCCCAUCGAACACUUAAAGAGGGUCACAGUUACUGUUUCCUUGGUGACCAAAGACCCUCCACACCGGCCUCACCCCCACUGCCUUGUGGGUAAAGACUGCCCGAAUGGAUCAGGAAUCUGCGUGGUCACGCUCAACCCUCACAGCAACCGACGUCACAGCUUUAGUAACCUUGGGAUCCAGUGUGUGAGGAGGAAAGAGCUGGACGUUUCACUUCAGAAGAGAAGAAACCAAAAUAUCGACCCCUUUCAAACUGGUCACACAAAGGGCAUUGAGGACAUGGACAUGAACGUGGUACGUCUGUGUUUUCAGUGUGAGUUUGAGUGGGACGACGGGGGGAAGGACUGUCUCAGCCCAGUGCUGUCCAACCCCAUCUAUGACAAGAAGGCCACGACCACAUCUCAGCUGAAGAUCGGACGUUUUAACCAGUACAGAGGCUCCUGCGCCGGCAAGACGGAAAUCUACAUGUUGUGUGACAAAGUGCAGAAAGAUGACAUCGAGAUCAUCUUCAGGCGAGGCUCGUGGAAGGCGUGCGGGGAGUUUGCGCAGACAGACGUGCACCGGCAGAUCGCCAUCGUGUUCAAGACCCCGCCCUACCAGGAGCAGGACCUCACGGAGGAGGUGGAGGUCAGCGUGGUCCUGCGGCGGCUCUCGGACCAGAUGGAGAGCGACUCGAUCACCUUCACGUACCUGCCGCACAACCCGGAUCCAUACGAGGUGAAACGGAAGAGAAAGAUAAAGUCGGACAUCAGCUUCAGAGAGAAAUCGUGUGGGACAGCAGACGGGGCCCCUGCAGCGGAGCAGCCCUUUCACUUCCCGCAGCCUCAGACCAUGAUGCCCCCGGAGGACCGGCUCUGUGCCCCCCAGCCCGGGACCUUCGCUCAAGAGGAGAUGCAGUACAGCGAGCCCCAGGACUCCAACACCGACACCGACACAACGACAAUCAUCAACCAGAUCCUAGAAAUACCUGAACUACGGGAAAUGCUUUCCGACCCGAGCUUCAACAUGUCCCUGUCCUCUGGCUUUGAGCAGGGGCCCGAUGCAAACCUCUCGUUUGCAAACAUGGAUUUUAACUUAAACCAGAACUUUAGCACAUACUCUCAGGACUUUUCCCAUUACAGCGACUUGCAGUUCAACAUGCUCGUCAAUGAGAGCCAGGCUCCGCAGGCAGAGGCCCAGGACAGCCCCUCCAACAUGGUUCAGGUGAAGACAGAAGAAGAGCUAUGAGGGCGGGACAGUCGGGGUCAUGAAGCGCCCUCACACACUCUCUGUCCACUGUAAAAGAAACAUUUUGGGUAACAUUUUGGUCAUAGCUCCUAUUUGCGUUCUUGCUUAGAAUGACCAUAUCCAGAGUGAUAUCUAUCUCUGCAAUGAAGUAAAUAGGUGUAUUUCCCAAAAUGUUCUCCCUUGACUCCUCUGGAUUUACAGCCAGAUGAUGCUGCUCCGGCUGCUUGCACUGUGAAGCUGUCUGUCCUCUCACUAAUGUCUUUGUCUGAAGACCUUGCCGGUCAAGGCUUUAAGAAACAAGUUAACAUUCCAUCAUAUGUGGCAGUGAAUGCUGUCAGCAUUAAUGGUCAGAAGAAGGUGAUUCCCAUGGUCAAUGUGGGUCUUAAAAAGAGAACUUAACCUAGGAAACAACAGAAACCCUCCCAUGAAUUGCCUUCCAUUGUAGUAAAUGAUUGGUGAGGUCACUUUUAAAUGUUGAAAUGUAAUCUUUGUCUAAGAUCUAUUAUGUUUGCUUUCACAUGAUUUUGGGAGAAAAACACGACUUCCUACAAGAAGUUGAUGUACAGUUUUUGUUUUAAAGUAGUAGUUUCAGAUCUGCGCUUCACAUUGUCUUCUCUGAUGUAGCUGUCACACUAGCUGGCUUAAUAUUUAAUCAAACUAAAUACAAUAGAAACCAGUCCUUCUCUUAUUUAUAGCUCUGUCCGUGUCACUUCCCAUUGUUCUGCAGUUUCACUCUCGUGCAAAACAGUCAAAUUCCUUGUCACAUGUCCAACUUCAACCCCUCACUGGGGCAUGUUUGGGUCAAUAAUUCAUCAAAUAAAAUGUCCGUCUGUUA